AUGAAGGAAACUCAAACAUCAGAGACGAGCAGCACAACCACCAGAUUUUCAGUGUUUAUUUGCUGCGCUGAAGGCAACAACCUAUCAACGCAGAUAACCCAUCACGAGACACGCGACUGUGAAGUGCAGCACACUCCCAACGUCGCCAGCAAGCACAGUGGUCCAGACCAUCGGACAAGCUAUUUUGCGGGCUACGAAAGCGUUUCAAAGAGCACUAGUGCUCUUGAGGACUUGUGUAAUGUAAGUCGGGUGGUGUUUGCCCUGCUCUUGAGUGUGUUUCCGGUCUCCACAGAGCGCAAAUGUGAUGUAUCUAAAGAAGACCGGCUGCUGCUGUUUCUAAUGAAACUAAAACUUGGCAUCAGCUAUUCAUCUCUGGCUACCCUGUUCAGCAUUGGCGAAACAUCAGCCUCACGGCAUUUCAAAAGUGUCCUCAAAACAUUGGCAUUUGCUACCAAGCAAUGGAUUUUUCGUCCUCCACUCAGAGUUAUUCAGGCUACCAUGCCAGACUGUUUUAAAGCACAUUAUCCAGACUGCACAAUGAUAAUUGACUGCACAGAAAUCCGCACUGAGCAGCCACCAACUGUUCAGCAGCAGAGGACUCUGUACUCGCAGUAUAAAGGCGGGUACACUUUGAAAUUCCUUGUUGGGGUUACACCCGGCGGGAUGAUUUGUUUCCACUCGGAUGCAUAUGGGGGAAGGGUGUCUGACACACACAUUACUGUCAAUUCUGGUUUCCUGGAUGUCAUUGAGGCUGGUGACAAAAUACUUGCUGACAAAGGAUUUCCCGGGAUACGCACAGUUAUGGGUGAACGAAAUGCUGUGCUAGUCAUGCCCCCAUUUUUACAAGGCCCUCAGUUUAGUGCUCAAGAAGUCAGGGACACAUACGACAUUGCCCAAGUGCGAAUUCAUGUGGAGAGAAUGAUCCAGAGAAUUAAAGUGCAUAACAUCUUCAAUAACAGAGUGCCAACUGAAAUGAUACCACUCAUGACGGACGUAUUUCACGUGUGCUGUGUGCUGGCGAAUCUUCCACCUCCAAUAAUUAAAUUCAAGUAAUUCACUGAGAAUUGAGUCUAGCCUAGCAACUGCCGCAAUUAACAAAUCAUUUUUGUCGAUAUCUGCAAAGUGGAAGAGGGUUCAGAAAACAGAAAAAUUGUAAUCCACCAGGGAGUAGCAUAACACUACUAUAUGGAAGAGCCAUAGGGGUUUCCCAGAAAAAGCUUUCCAUAAAGAAGAAUUCAUCCUAGUCUGGCGAUCAAAUCCUUCAACAAUGCCUUUCUGAGGCAGUCAGUUUUCCGGCAGAUUGUAGAGAAAAGCUGAAUAAAACACAGGUACACUGAAUGUGGCAGUUCACUUCUACGGAAAGUCGUCAUGGUGGAGGCCUAUUAAGUGAAAAAAUUCUA